AUGCCGCGCAAGAACUACACUUCAGAUUGGCUCGGAGACGAAGAUGAGCUCAUGGACUACUACGAUGAAAACGACUCUCCAGCCUACUGCGAAGACGAGGAGUACUUCUAUGACGGUCACGGCAUGCGGCACACCUCUGCGGAUAUGCGCUCUCACUGCACAGAUAAACCUACUUCAGGCAAGGACGUUCAUGGUCAUUCCCACAGCGAGAGCCAGGGAUUGGUAGAGACUGAUCAAGCUUGUGUUCCCAACGACAACCAAGCACAAAACGAGCCUGAAGUGCCUGACGUGCUUCCAGAGCCUCUCGCCGCGAUGCUAGCCGGCCUACGACAGCUCCCUACGGAUGGCUAUCGCCCAAACCCACCCGACGCCCGUUACACCUAUAGGGAUGACGAAUAUUCCAGCGAAUUGAAUGAGAUGUUCUCCCGUUUGGACAUUCUUCGCACGCUCGGUCCGGAUCCGGUGCGUUAUGGCUACGACAGUGCGUCGAGCGAGCCCGAGGAGAAGGAGGUAGUUGCUGAGAGCCUAGAGUCGAUCGAAACGGUUCCGGUGGAAGAUAGAGCACAGCUGGCAAAGACCAAUAGAGACGGUAUCGCUGGUUGUGAGAAAGCUAAGAGCGACAGCUGCACCAAGAAAAACGACGCGAUCAAAGACGCACACCAAUCCUUCAACGCCGAAAUCGAGUCAAUGAACGAAUGGUACGAAAACAUCAAGGCAGAAGAAGUCAUCCUGGGCAAAAGAAUAGCCUUACACGUUCGCCUGCCUACGAACCAGGUCGUCACUCCAACUCAUAACGCGCUUGUCGAGGAAGAUGUAAAGGAAAUGAUGCUCAUCGCCGACUCGUUCAAGGCUGUCAAGACAAAGAAAGCAGAUAUCCGAGCGACUCUAAAAGCCCGAAUUGAGAAGGCCGAGGAGGUGUAUGACGGAGAGUGCGCCGCAUGGGACCAGCAGAUGGUGUGCCUUCGCAACAUGGCUGAGCUAUCUGGCAUUGAGCUAGAUGGGGAGGAAGCGGAAGAUGAUCUCUUGGACGAGCGGGUAGCCCAAGUCAUCCGCUUCCGAUCGUCAACGCCAGCCCAAUCUACUUCACACGCCCGAGAGCCUGCGUCCAGCCAUGCCCGAUCGAAGCCAAGCACUGCCGCAAACGCAGACAGACGCCAGAAGGUUAAAGCAGCGAGCGACACAGUUCAGAAGGACUGUUCCAACUGCAGCCAAUUGCGAGAAGAACUACGUAUCACCCUCGCAACAAUAACCCGCCUCCAAUCCAAGGCCCCAAUCCCCAACCUCCGCAAAUUCGUCAAGCACGGCGAGCGAAUCCUCUCCGAGCUCUCAGCGCAACGCGCCGCAGCCGACGAAACCUUCGCCAAAGAACAACAGAACGAACUGCGCUCCGCAGAGGCAGCAUCUGAAGACCUUGACAAGGAGUACGCAAGGAUUAAGGCCAUCUACAUCGGCAUCGGCGAUCUCUGGGAGCACGAGAAUGAAGAACUUUGGAAUAAGACGUAUGACUUGUGUCGAGCGGAGCUGGUGCGCAUCAAGGAAGAGCAGAAGGCGCUUGAGAACCAUAGCGCUAGGGAUGAGGAGAAAGUGGUGAAGAGGCAGUGGGAUGGUGAGAAGAUGUUGAUGAAGCAGAUCAAGUACUACGAGGCCAUUCUGAAGCUGGCGAAGAGUGAGGUUGUUAGUCGGUGGGGGGAAGUUGGUGGGCUGGAGGACUCUGAUGCUGAACCUGAGUCUGACUAG